UCUGGUCAUCUCCUGCACUGUGUCCGCAGUCUCUGGUCAUCUCCUGUACUGUGUCCGCAGUCUCUGGUCAUCUCCUGUACUGUGUCCGCAGUCUCUGGUCAUCUCCUGUACUGUGUCCGCAGUCUCUGGUUCAUCUCCUUUGCUGUGUCCGCAGUCUCUGGUCAUCUCCUGUGCUAUGUCCGCAGUCUCUGGUCAUCUCCUGUACUGUGUCCGCAGUCUCUGGUCAUCUCCUGUACUAUGUCAGCAGUCUCUGGUCAUCUCCUGUACUGUGUCCGCAGUCUCUGGUCAUCUCCUGUACUGUGUCCGCAGUCUCUGGUCAUCUCCUGUACUGUGUCCGCAGUC